AUGAGGAUCGAAAAGCACCGUACCCCCCUGUCGAAGGGAAUUAUUUGGACGAUAUUGUCUGUGUGCCUUUUAUUCAUGUUCACCACACUGAUAUUGGUUAUUGUAGCCACUGCUGGCUCCACCGCCAACUACAAACCCUUAACGAAUAUAUACAUCGGUGAAGCCGAUAUCAAACACAUCAAUGUAAGCAAGGUGAUCCCGCAGAUAGGCCCUAUUUUGACAAUAUUAGGGUCCGCUUUGACGGCUCCGAACAGCUCCUUGGAUGAUAUUUUUGGCGCCAUGAAAAAUAUUGCUGAUACUCCCGCGCUGACGCCGCUAUUGACGCUUUUGUCUAAUGCUGACAACACCACAGUAACCAUCGAAUCAUUGACCGAAUUGGCUCCCUUAGCGAUCAGCGGCAAUCCUGCUUCUAGCACGAGGCAGUUGACAGAGAUUAAUGGGCUGCUGAAGUAUUCAGACAACGCAACUGAAACACUAGAUGGCCUCUCAAGGUUAGUUUCUGCUUCGCUGUCUUCCGCAAGCUCUAACUCUUCCAGUGACUCAACUACUUUGGUUCUGGACUUAUUAAAAGACUCCGAUAACCCACAGAAUUCCACAGAUGCAUUGCUAACUCUGAAUAAUCUGACAAUGUCAGAAAAGGCGCAAUUGUUACCGGUAUUCAGGCUAUUCGCUUUCUCCACGAACCAAACAGCUACAAUGACGGCUCUGGCGACCUUGAUGAACACUACUAUUUCAUCUUCUUUAGCCCAAACACUAUUAACUCAGUUACAAAACACAAUUUCAAACGGAGGUUCCCUAAAUAACACGUUUAGUACUUUGCAACCACUAGUGCCGCAGGCAAGCGCCCCCGCAUUUGAUGCAGUGGAAUUGCUGCUAAACCAGACCACCUCUACAAAUCAGACAUUGAGCACUCUAUCUGAUUUGCUGGAACAAAACCUCACUCAGUCAUCAUCUGCAAAAAAGGCGUUUGCUGCCUUAACCCAAUUGAUGGAAAAUUCGGACAACUCGACAAUGGUUGUCACUUCGGUCCAAUCUCUAGCUGCGGUGACAAAUACAACUCAAUCUACUCAACAGCUAAUUGGAUUAGAUGAUGUGAUAAGCUCCUCGAGUAACACCAACGAAACUUUGUCCAUCUUGUCCGAAUUACAAUCGGGCCUAUCCGGUAAUUCAAGCUCCGUACAGUACAUUCCAUAUCUCUUCAGUCUUUUAGGGGCAUCCACUGAUCCUAAAACAACAUUUUCAUCUUUAGUGACGCUGACUUCCUGGGCUCAAGAAAACCCUCAGACCUUCUUGCCCAUUUUAGAUAUAUUAGCGGAUGCCAAAUCCGUCCAACCGAUUUCCGCAGAAGAAUUGAACGCCAUGACGCCGAAUAUACUAGAGUAUCUGAAAAUUCCGAUUUACUAUCGCUUAUCCAUUUUCACGCUAUGCCAUGCUAACCUGGAAAACAAGAUCCUAGAUUGUAACUCCCCACAUGCUGUACAAAACUUGGAUUUUAGAUCGAUUAUUUAUGACGCAUUAGUCACAUCAGACUUCCAACCAUAUCUGAACGCCCUGAAUAUUAGCGCCAACGAUCUUUACCUAGAAGGGAAACUUUUACACAGAGAGCACCAAUAUGUGCCAGCAGUGAGGUCUGUUUUGGCUUUGAACCUCUUAGCGAUCAUCUUUUCCUUCUUUACCAUGAUUUUUAUUAUAUUACUGUACUUUAACAGAUAUAUGUUCAAACAACCAUUAUGGCUCAUUGCCCUAGCUCUACACGUUUGCGUUGGUGUAGCCACUGUAUUGGCAGCCAUUAUCAUAUCCGUUAUGAUUGCCAUUAUAAAGAGCGGUACGGCAGAUGAUAAAUAUGGUGUUGUGUUUAAAGCCGGUCCCGCCUAUACAGGGCUGAUAUGGACAGCAUUUGCGUUGUCUUUUAUCGCCACAGGAUUGAUAAUUUAUACGUGGUGGAGGAACAGACGGAGUGGUCGUUACAUGUCCGGAUCUGUGACGAAUAGGAAAGGCGAAAUUUACACGUAUGGGGAUGGUUCUGCCAUUUCUGCAGACCGUUUCGGCGACCAUAACUUGGGUGAUGAUGAUGAUGCUGAUUUCGAAAAACAGGUGAAUCGUAAUGAAAUAACCGCUAUCGACAACAGUAGUUCUGCCAAUAAUACAGAUGUCACAGGUAGUACGAGUAAUAGAACAGAGCUAAGUCACCCCGACGUGACACCAAAAGAUUCAAAUGGACCUGUUAACAAUAAUGCACAUUUGGUAGCAUAA